AUGGACCGCGACGAAAGCUUCCUAGCCGGCUCAUGCGCUCGAUGCCGCGACACUCUUGAGGUCUCUACCUCUGCCUGGGACAGCUUACGCAGCGGAUGGCGGCCAUCGUGCAAUGCCGAGGUAGAGGCCACGAUGUCCAAAGCGCGUCGACGUAUCUCGGCCAUUGACGAAGAAGUCGUCGCCCUCUUGGACAGAGUCUCUCGUCUCACCGAUACCAAAGCGGCUCUUCGACGCAAACUAGACCACCAGCAGGGUCUCCUUGCACCGAUCCGGCGCCUGCCGGUCGAGCUCGUCAUGCAAAUAUUCGAUUUCGCCUGUGUGGAUACGCACAAAGACUUCAAGCAGAAACUACCGAUGAUAUUGUCUCUCAGCUCUGUGUCCAAGCUCUGGCGAGACAUCGCGAUCGGUAUGUCGGAAAUCUGGGCAGCGCUUCCUGUCAGUUGGGCCCAGAGGAUGCUCGACCUCUGGUCGAAGCCAAUGCAGCGCGCGGUCAUCAACCGCGUGCAAGUAUAUCUCUCGCGGGUUGGGAAUGCAACCGUGACCGACCCUCUGCUCUUCAUCAUACGCUCCCCGCCUACUCUCGAGCUCUUCCAGGUCGCGAUGGAGUUCAGUGACUCCUUCCAAGUGCUCAAAGUACUCGAGUAUGGGUUCUUCAAGACGUUUGGGAACCGCUCACUCGCGCGCCUGGAGAAGGUGCAGGGCGACGUCGGCGUCCUUUCGCCUCCCGAAACCGACGAACAUUGCGUGUUUAUGCGCGCGCCUCGGCUGUGGAACCUGUCCGUCACCAACCUAUAUAAUCUGCCCAAGGAGCACAACCUCCAAUUCCCGUGGUCGCAGAUCAAGAGUCUUACGACGCGAUGCACAAACGCCUACGCCUUCGAUGCCCUGGUCGCGAAGUGUUCGAAUUUGAGAAGGUGGAAACAUGAUCAGGACGAUGGCGAUGAUUUCGACAACGAUGACACGAUGCAGAUUCCGAGCUCCCCCAUCACAUCGCACCUCAGGCUAGAGCGGCUUCGCACCCUUGUCGUGACUUUGGAUGAUCCCAACGACCGGCAACACACGUGGCUGCUUGAUCGUCUCACGACGCCAUCCCUCAACAAGCUCUUCAUCGAAUGGGCUGAAGACUCCGUUCCAAGGCCGGAAGAGGGCCACGCCCUUUACCCGCAUCCCUGCCCCCUCUCAACAUUCCUUGCGCGCACCACGCGUCUGCGUACUUUGUCGCUCAAGAACUCCAACAAACAGGAACAGGAGUACAUCUUCUCUCGGAACGCCCCUACAAGUAUCGUAGAGCUUAGCGUGUCUGGCGCGCUGGGUGCACCCCUCGCGACGUCCUCUGUGGUUAAUCUACGCGCAAGGGGUGUGUUGCCUGCCUUGUUGCAGCUGUUCGUGAAAGACGUAGAGGACGUUGAGGGAGUGUGGGACAUUGUGCGCAAGAUAAAUGCGGAGCGUGCGCCCAACGACUCUCCGUUGUUUCUCGUCGAUGUCAAUGGGCCGUUGGACUUGGUACCGCCGUGA